AGCGAGACGAGAAGAGAGAGGAGGAAGGAGGAGGAGGGACAGGAGGAGAGAAGAGAGAGAGAUACAAAGCAGGGCGGGCAGCGAGAGGAUGGCAACGUGCCGGGGCAGCUUUGCCCUGCUGGUCCUUCUCGUGCUGCUCGCCCUGGAGACGUGUCGCUGUUUGCUCCGCGCUCUCCUGUCGCCGCUGUGGAGCGCGACUCCGGCCCGCGACCUCUCGGGGGACGUGGUGCUCAUCACGGGAGGAGGAAGAGGCAUUGGUCGGCAGCUGGCGUUGGAGUUUGCGCGUCAAGGAGUCAGCAAGGUGGUGCUGUGGGGCCGCACGGAGAGCUGCCUGCGGGAGGCGUGCCACGCGGUGCGCUCGCUGGGCACUGAGUGCCACUACGCCGUGUGCGACGUCGCCAACCGCGAGCAGGUCUACCGCGAGGCCCGCGCCGUGCGCGACAAGGUGGGAGACGUCUCGAUCUUGGUGAACAACGCCGGGGUGGUGCACGGGAAGCCGCUGUUGGAGAGCGACGAUGACGCCCUCCUCAAGACGCAGCACAUCAACGUGCUCGCGCAGUUCUGGACGCUGAAGGCGUUUGUGCGAGGGAUGCUGGAGCGCGGGAGUGGCCACGUCGUGAGCGUCAGCUCCGUGCUGGCGCUCGCCGCCAUCCCCGGCGCCAGCGACUACUGCGCCUCCAAGGCGGCGGGCUACGCGCUUGCGGAGAGCCUGGCGCUGGGGCUGAGCGGCACGCCCGGGGUGCGCGCCACCACCGUGCUGCCCUACCACACGAGCACCGACAUGUUCCGCGGCAUGCAGCCCAGGUUCCCGUGGCUCUUCCCGCCACUGGAGCCGGAGACGGUGGCCCGGCGCACGGUGCAGGCGGUGAGGGAGGGCCGCGCCUUCCUGCUGCUGCCCUGGACCAUGAACUUCCUCAUCAUCAUGAAGAGCAUCCUCCCACAGCCGGCGCUCGACGAAAUCUACAAGUUCACGGGCAGCUACACCUGCAUGCAGACCUUCAAGGGCCGGGCCUAAAGUUCAACACCGCACUACACCGCCCCCCCCCCCCCCCCCCCCCCCCCGAUCGGACUGAUCCAAAGGGUUCUACAGCGACCCCCCCCAGGGCCUGGGAGUCGUUAGCGGGCUCUUCUUCGGGGUGGGGGGGGGCCUGGGGGAUAAAGUGG